AUGUCAGAGGAAGAUGAUUCUUUUCUGAAUGUUAAAAGAUCUCUGAAAAAGAGAAUGGUGAAACACAGCACCCCAGUGGACUCAGUGCUCUCAUCUUCUACAGAGCUGACAAAUCAGUCAAUCAAGGACCAAGAUGCCACAAAUAGGCUUUAUGGCUCUCCAAUGCCAAAAUCAAAUCUGAGUAGAUCACUAUCUCGAGUAUCGUCAGUACGUGCUGAUGUGUACAUCCCUCCUCCAUCCCCAAAAAAGCUUUCAACGGCAUCUGAUUUGCAAGAACUAAAUAAAGAGAAAAGCCAAAGCUCUCGGCUUGUGUUUUCUAGAAGGAGGCUUUCCACUGUGUUGGCCUCUGAUGAAUCAAAUCAAGAGCCAGCUCACAAGAUUGUCCCAAACACAGAAACUCAAGCUACCACCAGAGCAUCUGUGGAUGCUGCAGUAUCUCCCAAGAGUGGACCCUCAUGGUUGGUUUCUGGAAUACCAGGGAUAAAAGACCCCCCGGUAGCAAAAUCCAGAAAGAAGAAAAUUGAUAAAGCUCUUCAGAGAAAGAAAGAAAGAGAAUGGCUGCUUCGUCAACUUGAAAACAUUGAGGAGGCAACUAAACAUGAACUGACAAUUGAAGAAGCUUGA